CAGAUGACAAUGCAGGCCAUGGCUUUAGUAACAUCCCCCAUGACCUCGCCACCCACCUCCCCCCUCACCUCACCCCCAUGAGCCCCCUCCUCCCCACUCUCUUCCCCCUAGCCCCUACACACAUUUCCCCCAAGCCCAUAUGCUAGCAUCACUCCUAGCCCUUAUGCAACUUCCAGUCCAGCCAGCCCGUAUGCUGUCAUGCCUCCCAGCCCCUAUGUUGCUUCCCCUGCCACCUCCAGUCCAGCCGGCCUCCCUGACCCCUAUCCUGCCCCCCAGAGCCAGACCCCUAGACCCAACUCCACUACCCAGCCUGUCCCUGUCUACCCUGGGGCUAGCCAGCCCACCAGUCCUGAGGUACAGCCAUAUCCAGCCAGCCUCCCUGACCCCUAUCCUUCCACCCAGGCCAAGACCGCAGGUAAAGACGGGGUUCCUCAUCAGAAGUCUCCAGCCGUCCCCAUCAACAAGGAACCUGCCAGGAAGUUUGCCCCGGUGGUGACCAGUCCUGCUCCCCCUGCUGCUGAGGUGGUGAAGUCAUCAGUGUUGCCUCAGGUAGACAUUGUACCCAGCAGUAACAUCAAGGAUAUCAUCAGACAGUACGACUCUCCUCCGCCCGUGACUGAUGCCCUACCGCCCGGCAAGAGGAGACCAGAGGGGAAGUUUAUGAAGAUGCAGAAUCCUCGUGAUGAAGCUCUACAGAUCCUCAAACCUCAGAUGGACAACCCACCACCUCAGCCCAAGCGUCCGUUAGGCCCAAGCCCCUCUGCGAUGGCUCUAAAGGAAGCAGGGGUUAACCCCACCACACACUCACACAGAGAUAAACAUUUACCCAGCACUCUGGUAUCUAUUUCCAGCCCAAGCGUCCGUUAG